AUGUCGUUGUUCGGUAAGAUAUUUGGAGGAGGAGGAAAAGGAGGAAAGGGACCGAGCCCACAGGAGGCGAUCCAGAAACUCCGAGAGACGGAGGAGAUGCUAACGAAGAAACAGGAAUUUCUAGAGAAGAAGAUCGAGCAGGAGCUGCAAAUCGCCAAGAAAAAUGGCACAAAAAACAAAAGAGCGGCUCUGCAGGCUUUGAAAAGAAAGAAGCGGUAUGAGAAGCAGCUCGCCCAGAUCGACGGCACCCUGUCGACCAUCGAGUUCCAGAGAGAGGCUCUGGAGAACGCCAACACCAACACUGAAGUGCUCAAGAACAUGGGCUUCGCUGCCAAGGCCAUGAAGUCUGCCCAUGAAAACAUGGACAUCGACAAGGUGGACGACCUGAUGCAGGACAUUACAGAGCAGCAGGAGCUGGCCCAGGAGAUCUCUGACGCCAUCUCUAAACCUGUCGGCUUCGGAGAGGAGUUUGAUGAGGAUGAGCUGCUGGCAGAGUUGGAUGAGCUGGAACAGGAGCAGCUGGACAAAAGCCUGCUGGACAUCGGCCCAGAGAACGUCCCCCUCCCCAACGUGCCUUCUACUUCAUUACCUUCCAGACCUGCCAAGAAAGAGGAGGAUGAGGACGACAUGGAGGACCUGCAGCGCUGGGCGAUGGAAGCCAUGUAAAGGCAGAGUCCGCUACAUCAUACCGGCAUCAGAGAGGGAAGCGGAAGGAGCGGGGUGGGGCGGGGGAAUGAAUGGACUUGAUAGGAUGUUGUGUAUGAGUGUUUUUGUGUGUCUGAGGAGAGAGCUGAAGUUCAUCUAACACUACGAAAAAGCAAAAAUGCUGUAUUACUUUCUUUUUCCCCUCACAAUCCAAAUCGUAGAGACUCCCAGGUGCUCAGUGCCAAAGAGACAGUCGGGAAGCUCUCACUGUGUCAUGGCAAAGAGUCACCUCAUAUUUUUACCCUCUAUUUUAAUAAAAUACUAGCACUUCAUGGUCCCUGUACUGGUCAGGACCAUUUCAGCGCCUGCAGAGUUCAUAUUGAAGUGUAAUAGUUUGCGCUCUGCUGUGCUGCAUUGAAGUUAUUGUCGGUUUACGGUGGCGGCCUGCGUGACAGUAACAUCGCUGGAUUUUCAAAGGAGGUCAAUCCCGAAAGAUCCGUUUCUGACUCUCAUAUUUACCUGUGUUUGUGGCGUUAAACUUGCUGGAUGUUUUUGUUUUGUCUUCCUUCUUGACAAAAAUAACACUCCUUAGCUGAGCAUGAGCUGGGUGGAGAAGCUGCGAGCUGUGUGUUUUGCCAGAAUCCAAACCUCUCGUUUCGUUUCAGGCUGCGUGCUUUGUCUCCCUCCGCCCCUCCCCUGUCCCUCCUCUCUUUUUUGCCUCCUGUUGCCAUUGAAGCGGCGACUCCCUCGAAGCCGUUCUCACCAGUGGUUCUUCUUGUUAUUCAGUGUAAAUAUUCAAAAGGUGUCUCUUUUUAUAUACUGUAUUUCUGCCAUCACUGAGAGGUUCUGUUGGGGUUGUGUGAAGCAUGCAACAAUAGGAAGUCACUACAGGUCACUAGGCAGGGGUAGAAGAGAGAUGUUUAACUGAACACUUACAUCCUGCUCUGUCUGUCUCAGUCCUAUUCAUAACGGUUUAUGUUUCAAAUUGUAUAAUGCUAAAAAAAGAAUAAUAAUAAUAAUAAUAAAACUAUUGUCACACCUUAUUAACUGCAUCCCAAAGGAGGUGUUGGUUUAUUAAAGAUUAGAUUAUCGUCAAUCUACAAUGUUUUGGAGUUUAAAGAGUUAAUUCCUUUUGUUUUUCAAACUCAUGAUGUACAUUUUUUACAUAGGGAAAAAAAAGACAUAACACAAGGACGGAUGGACAAGCAUGUUUGCAUUUCUAUGUUUUAUUUAUCCAGAUGAGAAUAUUAUUUGCAAAAUCAUUAAAAGUUUCCAAUUCUU